CAACAACAAUCAUUCUUCUUUCCCUCUUCUCAUCCAUUCUCUACUUCUAACUCCUCCCUCUCGCUUUUUCACAUCUUCACUAUUCUUCACUCCUCACUCUCUACUCAUACUGCCUAGCAGCUCACCGAACAUUGCGCACCCCCCAACAUGGCACCCACUGCAAAGCCCAGCAAAGAGACCACCCGUCCCAAGUCGUCCCGCCAAGCCGAUGCUAAGGCCAAGGCUGACAAAGCCGCCACCGAGGCUAGCAAGGUCAAAGACAAGGUAGCCAAGAAGGCCGCGUCCUCCAAGAAGGCGGAGAAGGCAGAUAAGGCGGACAAGACAGACAAGGCGGACAAGGUCGAGUCCAAGACCCGCGCGACCAGGGCGUCCAAGGAGACCAAGGCCGACAAGAAGUCCGACAAGGACAAGCCAGCCAAGGCGACAAAGGAGAAGGCCACUCGCUCCAAUACAGACAAGGCGGAGAGCAGCAAGGCCAAGGUCAAGAGCAAGGAGAAGGAUGCCGCGGCGCCGAAGGAGAAACGCACCAAGGCCAUCAGGCCUCCUACGGCCAAGGCUGCUGGUGAGGACUUCAUUGUGUCCGCCCAGGCGAUCCAGAUCGUCGUGGCCGACCUCAAGUUUUCGGCGGAGCCCAAGGUGUUCAACACUCGCUCGCAUGGUUGGUCUGCUAGCAAGCAUGGUAAGAUCAACGGCAAAGACGUCAUGAUCACUGUUAACAUUACCGUCAAAGGCAGCAAGAAAGCCGCGGAGGCGGAGAUUGCGGACGAGGCCAAUGUCGGGGACGAUGCUGAGGACAAUCUCAAUGGCGCCGCUGCCGAUGAGUAUGCAGCCGACGACGAGAGCGACCGCAAUGAGCCAGGCAAUGAUGUGAAGGAGGCUGAGGAUGAUGAUCUUGACGAGCACGACUCAAUGGAGUCUGGGGAGCCUGAAAUGGACGGCGACGCUCUGCGCAUCCGUGCGACCCCGAGUGAUUCUGAGGCGGACAACAAGGAGACAUCCGACGAGGCGGAGGAGGAGUACGAGGAGGACAAUCGGACUCCACGCUGCGCUCCUACCCAACACUUCCGCUCUGUUUCUAGCAACGAGUCCAAUGCGCCUCCCUCUAGCGCCUCCCGCGCCCCAACCCCAGUCCUUAUUGAGGCCAAGACCCGAACAGUCAAGCGGUCCGCGAGCGCGAUAUCGAAGUCAUCGAAGAAGGGCGCGACCCGCAAGCCGAGUAGCCGCGCGGCGAAGAAGCGCCGCUCGGCCAGCCCCGAGUAAAGUGCCCCAAGUAUUGUGCUCUGCGUGCAGCAAAGGCUGCACCGCC